AUGCCACCGUCGGACGGGAGUGGCUCACUUUCCCUCAAUAACAUCGAACUCGUCGAUAUUUUUAGAAGAUGUCGCUCAUGUCUACAACCUUUACCCUCGCAUCAGUAUCCUAACGAAACAUUGAUCUACUAUGGAUACAUUGGGUGUUCCCCCAUGUAUCCUGCUGUCGCAAUAUCGCUUCGUAUGCUUGCUGCUUACCAUCAGUCUCACCGAACAUGUCCCCACUUUAGUAUUCAAGUGCAGUGCAAGACUUUGUGCUUCCUUCAUGAUAUUCCCUACCGACCAUACCUCAAAACGCAAUUCACGGCAGCCUAUGACAUCUAUCUAGAAAUCCUUCAUCAUGUGAACACGCGUCUGAGGCGAGUGCUCAACCAGGAUACUCCCAAUUGGCGCUUGCUCAAUUCCUGCCCAGCAUGUUUCUACAAACUCGAGGAUGAACCUGCCCUUGAUUUCGAGUGGUUGGUGUCCAUUGAUGGAAAUAACAGUUUGAAGAGAUGGGAUUCUGCCAUAUAUGGGACAACUCCUCGAGAAGAUUCUCGUAUCGCCCGUUCUGAUUAUUGGGUUGAUGCUGAUGCUGUGAACAAAUUCAGUAAUGAAGUCAAGGCCCGAUGUGUGGACCCGAAUGAGGAUGACUGGCAGGAUGACUCUACUGACACAAAUAUUCCAGGAGCGUUCACGUGUGUGAAUCGGUGGCGAAAUGCGGGCCCAGAAACACGUGAAAAAAUGUUUUAUGUCUUCCAUGAGUCAGGAAUCUUCAUUGCAUCCUGCCGCCAUCGCUUCGUUCUUCUCGCGUGCGAUAUGAUCCAAAGCGGUGAACUUGCAAAGUAUCCACUAGCGAUCAUUGACAAGCUGCUUACUGUAUGCAGGAAAAAUGGUGGCUGUGCAUAUGACAUUGGUUGUGUGUUCUCAAAAACGUUGACUAAUAGUUCCUUGGGAGAUCGAGCGCGUGAACUUGGAUUUCGGAUGAUGGUUGGCGCCUUUCAUGGCCAUGCGCAUAAUCGACGAUGUCAGCUCAACUGGCACCCUAUGUAUAUCUCAGGCACUGGUCAUAGCGAGGGCGAGGGUUGCGAACACAUCUUCUCAGCAUCUAAUGAGCUUGCUCGUAGCACGAGGCACGCGAGCCGUUUCCAUCGACAUCAAGCCAUUGAGGAACAUUACACAUUUUGGGACAUGGAUAAGUAUGCUGUACUCAGUUCGUCAUUAUAA